AUGGCUCAAGACGACUUUGACGUUUAUGACGAGCCAAGCGAGCAGGACGGACGACACGAGCACGGCAGGCCCGACGACAACACGACGAGCAUCUGUCUCCAACCACUGCCGACCAUGAAGAGCUACCAACGAGACGAGGACGGCCUUGACUCGGCGCGGCUGCUCGACGACGGCGGCGAGAGCAGCCGGAGCAACUCGACCGUCGACCUCGAUCUUGACCUCGAUCUGGACCUCGACGACGACAACAAGCACCCGUCGCGCCCCACCACGCCGGCUCCCCAUGCAACGUGGCGCAGCUACGUCUGGGACACGUGGGACCGCCCGCCGGCCGAGCGUCGUCUGCUGCACAAGGUCGACGCGGUCGUGCUGACGUUUGCCUCCAUCGGCUACUUUCUCAAGACGCUCGACCAGACCAACGUGUACAACGCCUUUCUGUCCGGCAUGAAGGAGGAGCUGCACAUGGACGGCAACGAGCUGGUGACGAGCACGUCGCUCUGGACGGCCGGCUACGUGCUCGGCCAGAUCCCGGCGACGCUGCUCAUCACGCGCGUCAGCCCGCGCUGGGUGAUCCCGUCCCUGGAGGUCGGCUGGGGGCUGGCGACGGUGUGUGCCGCGACGGUGCAGUCCCCGCACGCGCUGUACCUGCUGCGGUUCUUUGUGGGCCUGUUUGAGUCUGGGUUCUACCCGAGCAUCCAUUAUCUGCUGGGGUCCAUCUACACGCCGCCGGAGCUGGGCAAGCGGACGAUGCUCUUUUGGCUGUCCGGCUCGGUGGGCAAGCUGUUCAGCGGGUUCCUGCAGGCGGCCGCCUACGAGCGGCUGCACGGGGUGCACGGCUUGUCGGGGUGGCGCUGGCUGUUUGUUGUUGAUGGCUUCAUUACACUCCCACUGGCCCUCCUCGGCUACGUCUUCUUCCCCCACCUACCCCAGAGCGGCGACCGCACCUGGUGGCUGUCCGAAGCGGAGCAGCAGCUGUCUGUGGACCGCAUGCAGGCCAUUGGCCGCGCGGGCAAGCAGCCCUGGACCCGCGAGAAAGUGCGCCGCAUCGUCCGCAGUUGGCACACGUACUUGCUGCCGCUGCUCUACAUUCUGUGGAACAACGGCGGCUACCAAAAUGCCAUGGGCUACUGGCUCAAGAGCUUCAAUGCCGACCCGCCUCCGGUGCCGGGCGUGUCCUUUACCAUUGGCCAGAUCAACAGUCUCCCGCUGGUCUGCACCGGCAUCCUCAUCGCCAUGUCCCUCGUCUGGGGCUGGCUCUCUGACGCCCUACGUGGCUCCGUCCGCCGCUGGCCGUUUAUUUACAUUGGCGCCGUGAUCCACGUCGGGUUUGCGAUCGCGUUCCUCCGAAUGCCGCUCUACGAGAACAUCCACGCGCGCAAAGUCGUCUACUGGUUCAGCGACAUUGGCGGCGGCGCCGGCCCGCUCAUCCUCAUCUGGAUCAACGAGAUUUGCUCCGCCGACACCGAGAAGCGUGCCCUCAUCGUCGCCAUGGCCAAUGAUUUGGCGUAUGCCCUGCAGGCUCUCGCACCCAACUUUGUCUGGCGCACCACCGAUUUCCCCGCCGCCCGCCGCGGCUACACGUGGUCCAUUACGCUGCAGGUCCUCAUGGUGCUCGUCACCGUCGCCAUACAGGUCCUGCUCUGGCGCGACCGGCGGCGCGACGAGGCGGCCGCUGCCAAACAGAGCAGGCAGCGCAGCACCAAGGCUGGCAAGCAGACAACACGACUUGCCAGCUGGCAAGAUGCCGAGCGACAGCCGCUCGUGUACACCGCCAUCCCGACAAGCGAAGCGGAUGCGUAA